UUCUUAAACAACUUCAAAACGUAAGUCUUCAAUUCGCCAGUGAAUUUUAAUUUAACCACAGUAUGUUCUUCACAAUAAAUCACAUGUAGCAAUGAAAUGUAACAUUAUGUGAAGACCAAAAUGUGUGUGAAACGAGCGUUUACAGUAAACAAGUUUACCUGAACAUCUCGUUAGAGUGAUGGUGCUAAUAACAUUGAGAUAGCCGUGUGAUGUUGCCGUUUAUCGUUUUCAGGCUUUCAGUCGUCGCCAGGCCGCCGGGCGCGCCUUACGGUUUUCAUGAUUUAAGGAAAAGCGCGCGAAUUUUCCGCAGCGCUACGUAUUUUACGAAAAGUAAUAUCCAAUUUAACUUCGCUUGCUAAGAUGUGAAGUGAUCAAAAGUAUUUAGUGCUUUAAUCAAUCGGUAAAUGCUUUCUUGACACGAAAUUGUUGAUUAUUUGUGGAACUUUUCUUCGAUUUGAUUAACUAAAAAAUAUUUUGGGCUAUAAGUUAUUUAAAAGUACAUUUUAAAACUUGCAAGAAAAGAAGAAAGGUUAUAAACAUUAUCCAGAACAGAAUUCAAUAAGAUCGAAGCGUAGUAAUAAAUUGUUUGUUAGAUAUUCAAUUGGCAUACAGUUUAAUUAUUCGGGAAGUGGAAAAUAAUAAUAAUGAAAGUAAUAUCGGAGGUCUUGGUGCUCUUCAGCGUGGUGUCAGUCGUGACUCCCGGGUUCCAGUUCCGUAGCAGGAAUAUAUCAGACACAUCAGUGAGCAAGCACUGCUCACUCAGCGAGUUCACUUCAAAGGCCGAGUGUAAACUGCUUCAAUACCAACUAAACUGUCGAAUUGGCUUGGUCAGCACCUGGUUACGAGGAAUCAAACGCGAGAUAACACAUCUUCGGUUGGUGGACUGGUCUGGCGAGUGCUUGAACGUCGCCCGCCUCCAAUACCACUUCCCUGAGCUCGUCUUCUUAGAACUCAUCAAUUCCACAAGUCUGAGGAGCUUCAAGGGCCACUUCACGUCUCUGAACAAAAUCGAGAAACUCGUGGUCCAUGGAUUGGAAGCACUUUGGGAGAUACCACCAGAAGUGGUGGUCGAAAUGCAAGCACUACGAGAGAUGGAUUUACGGGGAAACAUGCUGAGACACAUAAAGUCACCAUUGUUGACCAAACUGAAUAAAUUGGAACGUAUCUACUUAGCAGGCAAUAGCUGGGAUUGCAGCGACGGCGGACUUGACUGGCUGGCGAUGGAGCCGGAAAACGGAACAAUCAGAAGAAAAAUUAUAGACUACGACGACCUUGUGUGUCAUCAGCAACUGUACAGAGGGAAGCCGUUGAACAAAGUUAUGGAUAUCAUUCGGACAAUGCGUCAAACCUGUCCAGAGCCUUGUACUUGCACGAUGACGCACGUGGUGUCAGAUGCGGCUGGUGCUGUGAUCCCCCUCAUCACCGUCGACUGUUCCAACAAGGAUCUGGAGAUGCCACCACCGACGCUACCACCUGGCGCCACCACGCUCCGCCUUGAGGGCAACAAGUUGAACACGAUUCGCGCUAUCGUCCACAACCCUCAGUACAGGGUGCUCACGGACUUGUACUUGGACAACAACAGCAUUUCGGCAGUCAAAGAGCUGGAGGGAACGGAAUGGUUCUCCAACUUUCGAGUUCUGAGCCUUCGAGGGAACUACCUAAAGCAGAUCCCCGUGUACGCCUUCGACAAAGCGUUCCAAGUAAACAACAAUUUGAUGCACGUGUUUCUGGGGGACAACCCGUGGCGCUGUGACUGCCAUUACAUACCCCGAUUCCAGAGCUUGUUACUGAAGUAUAGAAGGGUGAUUCGCGACCUACCUGAUAUUAAGUGUUCGAAAUCAACUGAUAAAAAGACUUCAUUAGCACAGAUCAGCACAAUACCUUUAGGUAACAUCUGUGGAGACGAUGACGUCAUGCCUAUUAGUCCAAUUAAUAUUGUUAAUUUAGUUCUUUUAGCUUUAAUACUAUUAGUGGUUGGCAGGUUUCUUUAUGAUUGGCAGACUUUUAAGAACACAGGCCAAUUGCCCUGGUUGUCUUCAAUAUUACCUUGAAAGACCAAAGUCAGUAAAUUGCAAAUCAGUGGUAUAAUAAUAGUCUUGGCCUUUAUAUCAAAGGAUUAAAGUUCAUUUUUGUUUGUUUAGAACUAUUUAGCACAGAUAAAAAUAUUUAUUCCGACUUGAAUGCCUUUGUUGAUGUAGUCCUCGAGGAAGAACACGAGAUUGGGAAUAGGAAGACUGAAUUUUGGCAUUUGCCAUGACACAAAGGUGUGAAAAAUUCGGGAUCUAUAUAUAUAUCUCCAAGUUCUUAAAUUGUAGUCGUUUUUAUACCACAGAUGAGGUCUAUCAAACAAAACGUAUCGAUGUAGCAAAAACAUGAAAUCAAAAAUCCUGGAACUAACCUCUUCUUUACUCACUGUGUUCGUAGAGGGUGAUUCCCAAGGGCAGGUCUUGCGACGGUUCAAAUUGUACCGACGUGAAGGUUCAUUAUGAACAACGCCCCUUGCUGGAAACUUCCUCUAUUUUACUUAUAUCUAGUCGUACUAAAAUUAGUCAAUAAAUAUAUUUAUUACA